AUGGCGACAAGGCAAGAUAAUCGACAUAUCUCAAAUCUAGUACCUCGCUCGUCGAGUGUUCUUAUCGUGCUUCUUAUCUUCACAUGCAUGGUUCAAUCAGCUACAUAUGGUUACGACGGCUCCAUGAUGAAUGGAUUGAACAUCCUCCCAUCCUACACAGAUUACUUCCACCUCAACACCGUCAGCAUCGCACUAAACACCUCGAUUGUCGGUAUAGGAAACGCUGUGGCCGGUCUCUUCAAUGGCCCAUUGUGCGAUUAUCUCGGCAGGAAAAAGACGCUGUUCUAUGCGUCUUGUAUCACCAUAAUUGGAGUCGCCAUACAAUCGGCUGCGCAGAAUAUCGGCAUGUUCAUCGCGGGCCGGUUCAUCAUCGGCUUCGGAGUCGGCAUCUCGUGUACGGCAUCACCGACUUACUUGUCCGAGUGUGUUCCUGCAAAGUGGCGUGCAUUUACUCUUGGGAUGUAUUAUGACUUCUGGUAUGUCGGAGCUCUUAUCGCUGCGGGAAUCACAUACGGAACUGCUGAAAUGGAUUCAACCUGGGCAUGGAGAACCCCAUCUAUUGUCCAGGGCGUUUUCAGUAUCAUCUGCCUUGUCAUCCUGCCUUUUGUCCCGGAGUCACCGCGUUGGCUUGUUCAUAAGGGCCGUAACCAGGAAUCUCUCGAGGGUCUAGCGGCUACACACUCCAACGGAGACACCACCGAUGCUGAGGUUCAAACACAAUUCGACGAGAUCAAAUGUGCGAUUGAAUGGGAGAAAAACCAGGGAGAGAAAUUGACGAUGUUCGAAACCGUCAGGACUCCUUCAAAUCGCAAGCGCAUGAUGCUAGCUUUCUCCGUGGCUAUUUUCUCAAUGAUGUCCGGAAACAACAUCAUAUCCUACUAUCUCGGUGACAUGCUAGACAAUGCCGGUGUAACAAACACAACUACCCAGCUAGAGAUCAACAUCAUCCUGAACUGCUUCUGCCUCGUCGUCAGCAUCAUCGGCUCAUUAUACGCUGAGCGCCUGGGCCGUCGAUUCCUAGCAAUAAGCAGCACUACCCUGCUUACAAUCUUCAUCUUUAUCAUCGGCGCAUUGACUAAAAUCUAUGGCGGCUCUACUAAUAUGUCUGGGAUAUAUGGAACAGUGGCGUCUAUCUUCCUGUUCCAGGGAAGUUAUAGCUUCGGCUGGACUCCUCUGAGUGUUAUGUACCCUCCUGAGGUCUUGCAUUUCUCAAUUCGAGCCAAUGGGAUGGGUCUUUAUACCUUUGUGGCUUCUACUUUUGGGCUGCUGGCUACUUUUGCCUUCCCCAUUGGACUUGAAAAGAUUGGUUGGAAGAUCUACAUGAUUAACGGUGUCUGGGAUGUCAUUGAAUUGCUUUUCGUUAUUUUCUUUUGGGUGGAGACUAAGGGCAAGACUCUUGAAGAGAUUGAUGAGCUCUUCGAUGGUGUGAACCGCCGGGAUGCCCGGGACUUGGCCUUGCUUGAGAAGAAUGCUGGUGAACCUAUCGAUGGCGAAGAGGUAUUUGAGACACAAGUCGUCAUGCCGUCAAAGAAAGAUUCGAUGUAG